AUGGUGUCCGCCUUCCAAGUCUCCGAGAUCCUGGGCCGCUCUGGCUACCACGCGUCGACGGUGUCGCAGCGCUGUGAGCGGCUGGUGUCCGAUCGGGGUGACCCAGCGACGGGCACGGUUCUUCUCGGGCACUUGCUGCAUGAGGUGCGCGAAGGAAGCAAGACCAAGCAGCCCGGGGCCGGCACAUCACGGAUGCGUGCAGUGCUUUUCAAGGCAGUUGCCGACUGGCUGUCCGUGGCCCCAUGCUCACUUCACCGCGAGGAAGCUGCAGCUCGUGGCACUGCGGGGGUGACGUGGAACUCUGUCCAGGUUGAUGGGGACAGCUAUUUGGUGGACAUCAUGUUCGAGCCCGGCGCGCUCUACGAAGAUGGUUCGGGCAAGGCUUGCGAGUACUUGCGGCGGCUGCGGCAAGAGUGUGAGGAAGCUGCGGCACCUUCCAAGUCCAAAGCUAGAAAGGCAGAGAGUGCGGCACCCUCGCUCCAGCAGAACCUGGGUGGCCGCAUGCUGCGGCCUUCCUGGCAUGUGGAGCCUUGGGAAGUGGAGUUUGACCGAAGGGACCGAGCUGGCCGUGGUGGUUUUGGCGAGGUUUUCCAAGGCACCUGGGCAGGCCAACAGGUGGCCGUGAAAGAGGUCCGCGAUGCAAGCCCCACCGAUGCCGACGUUUGUGACUUCGUGCUGGAGAUUUCUCUGCUCUCCCGGCUAUCGCACCCAAACAUCGUGCGCUUCUGGAGAGGCUGCGUUGACCUACGAGGUGGCCAUCGGACGCUCCUGCUGGUCACAGAGUGGAUGGAUCGGGGUGUCCUCUCGCAGCUGCUCCAUGAGUCGCAGGAGCCCACGUUGACGUCGGGACAGUCCCAUGUGCUGGCUCUAGGCAUCGCUCGGGGCGUUGCAUAUCUGCAUCAUGUGAAGAUCCUCCACCUCGACCUGAAGUCGCCCAAUGUUUUGCUCAAUAGUAGCUGGCAGCCCAAGCUUUGCGACUUCGGGCUGGCGAAAAUCCGUGAACAGACAGCUCUGCAAACAACGCUUCGGGGCGUGUCACCGAUCUGGGCUCCCCCUGAGAUCUUUGAUGACAAAGGGGGAGGCGUUACGGAGAAGGUUGACGUCUACUCCUUUGGGGUCAUUCUCUUCGAACUGUCGACGCGGAAGCUGCCCUACGCAGAUGUUACGCAGAUGCAGCUGCCCCGCGUCAAAGCCAAAGGCCAGCUUCCGCGUUUCCCAUCGGAAAUGGACACCGAGGUCGUGGAGCUCGUGCGCGUUUGCAUGGGAGUCAAACCUGGCAGCCGGCCGGCCAUGACGACGAUGAUCACCAAGAUCCGAGAGCUCUGCCACGCCAAGAGCAUUGACUUGGAGCAGGAGCAGGCGCUGUGCGACCUGCCGCACACCCCGAGUAACAUGAUGGUAGUACCUCCUCAAAUAGGAAGAUGCCAAAGGCAUCUCUGGCAUUCUUCCAUGUGUGUCGAUGGCUUGGUCGUACACGGUGCGUGGUGCCGUGUAGUGAGUGAUAAUUGA